AUAAAAAGAUUAUUUUAUUGAAAUUAAAACCCUUAUAUCGACGCAAAGCCAAACAAAAAAAAAACCCUCAUUUCAAGGAUAAGAGAGCUCCACUUUCUCUCUCCUCUCCUUUCUCCAACAGUCUCUCUCUACAAGCCAUAGGAAAAAAAAAAAAGUCCCCCUUUCUCUCUCCCUCCCCUUUCGUCUUAGGGUUUCUCGAAAAUUCGCAGUCAAAUUCUACUCAUCUCCCGACGAAUCCAUCCUUCAAGCUCAUCUAAUCUUCUUCUCCGUAGCUUUCUCAAUCUACCGAUAUAGUUUUUAUCCCUUGCCGCUUAAGAUCGAGCUCGAAUCUCGCAACCCCUUUUAAUCCCUAAUUUCUGGUCGGAUUAACCCAGGUGCGUUGUUUCCGACAUGAAUCUCAGAUGUGUUUCGAUUUAAGGUUUGAGCUAAGGUUUGAUCUUGUUGGGUUGAGAUUUGGUCUGACUUGUAGCUGACUUCGUGUCUUUUAAGCUUCACUGUUCAUUUAUACGUCUAUCUUCCUCGGAAACUCUUGAUGUUCUUACUUUUUUUUUUUUUUUUUUUUUUUGGGGUUUCGUCUUCACGGACUAUUCACGUGCGGAUAGAUCUGACCCGUAUUAAUUGCUCUAGUUGCGGAGAGAGUAUAAUGGUGUAUGAAAGUUAAUCAUCACUGAGGCAUAGUAUCUAUCUCCUUCAAGCAAAUCAAUGGGAUCUUCCAUCAAGAUCAACUCAAUAUCCAUAGAUCUCGCAGGUGCUGCCAACGAGAUUGAUAUGGUGAAAUGUGAUCAUUUUUCCAUGCGUGGAUUCGUAGCUGAAACUCGUGAGAGAGACCUUAGAAAAUGUUGGCCGUUUUCAGAAGAGAGUGUUAGUUUAGUAGACCAACAAAGCUAUACUCUUCCUACUUUAUCUGUUCCAAAGUUUAGAUGGUGGCAUUGUAUGAGCUGCAUCAAAGAUAUAGAUGCUCAUGGGCCAAAAGAUUGUGGACUGCAUUCAAACUCAAAAGCUAUUGGAAACUCUUCUGUUAUCGAAAGUAAAAGCAAGUUCAAUUCGCUAACUAUCAUUGAUCACGAGAAAGAAAAGAAAACUGAUAUUGCAGAUAAUGCUAUUGAGGAGAAAGUGGGUGUAAACUGUGAGAAUGAUGAUCAGACAGCUACUACGUUUCUCAAGAAAGCACGUGGUCGACCUAUGGGUGCUUCUAAUGUUAGGAGCAAGAGCAGAAAGCUUGUGAGUCCGGAGCAGGUAGGAAACAACAGAUCUAAAGAAAAACUAAACAAACCAUCGAUGGAUAUUAGCAGCUGGAAAGAGAAACAAAAUGUGGAUCAGGCUGUGACAACGUUCGGCUCAUCUGAAAUUGCUGGUGUGGUUGAGGAUACACCACCUAAGGCAACCAAGAAUCAUAAAGGCAUUCGCGGUCUGAUGGAAUGCGAUAACGGGUCAUCAGAAAGUAUAAAUCUUGCUAUGAGUGGGUUGCAGCGUAGGAAAUCUCGCAAGGUUCGUCUACUCAGUGAGUUGCUUGGUAAUACAAAAACCAGUGGUGGUAGUAACAUCAGAAAAGAAGAGUCUGCUUUGAAGAAGGAAUCAGUUAGAGGUCGAAAAAGAAAGUUGUUACCUGAAAACAAUUAUGUCAGCCGGAUAUUGAGUACAAUGGGUGCAACCUCUGAAAAUGCUUCCAAAAGUUGUGACUCUGAUCAAGGUAAUAGUGAAUCAACUGAUAGUGGGUUUGACAGAACUCCAUUUAAGGGUAAGCAGAGAAACAGAAGAUUUCAGGUUGUUGACGAGUUUGUACCAUCACUUCCUUGUGAAACUUCACAAGAAGGUAUCAAGGAGCAUGAUGCAGAUCCUAGUAAGAGAUCAACUCCUGCGCACUCUUUAUUCACUGGAAACGAUUCUGUUCCUUGUCCUCCGGGUACUCAGAGAACAGAGAGGAAGCUCAGUUUACCCAAGAAGAAGACAAAGAAGCCUGUAAUCGAUAAUGGGAAGAGCACUGUGAUCAGUUUUAGUAACGGCAUUGAUGGAAGUCAAGUUAACUCGCAUACUGGUCCUUCCAUGAACACAGUAUCCCAAACUCGAGACUUAUUGAAUGGGAAAAGGGUGGGCGGUUUAUUUGACAACCGUUUGGCUUCAGAUGGAUAUUUCAGAAAAUAUCUCUCUCAGGUUAAUGAUAAGCCGAUAACAUCUUUGCAUUUGCAAGACAAUGAUUAUGUGAGGUCAAGAGACGCGGAACCAAACUGUCUUCGAGAUUUUAGUUCCUCUUCUAAAUCCAGCUCAGGUGGAUGGUUGAGAACUGGAGUAGAUAUUGUUGACUUCAGAAACAACAACCACAAUACAAACAGAUCGUCUUUCUCGAACUUGAAGCUAAGAUACCCCCCUUCUUCUACUGAAGUUGCGGAUUUAUCUCGGGUGCUGCAAAAGGAUGCUUCUGGUGCAGAUAGAAAGGGGAAGACUGUUAUGGUCCAAGAACAUCAUGGAGCACCAAGAAGCCAAAGUCACGAUAGAAAGGAGACUACGACUGAAGAGCAAAACAACGAUGAUAUUCCAAUGGAGAUAGUGGAGCUCAUGGCCAAAAACCAGUACGAGAGGUGUCUUCCCGACAAAGAAGAAGAUGUUAGCAACAAACAGCCAUCACAAGAAACAGCACACAAAUCCAAGAAUGCUCUACUGAUUGAUCUCAAUGAAACCUACGAUAACGGGAUCUCACUUGAGGACAACAACACAUCAAGACCACCAAAACCGUGUAGUAGCAACGCAAGGAGGGAAGAACAUUUUCCUAUGGGAAGACAGCAGAACUCUCAUGACUUCUUCCCAAUAAGUCAGCCUUAUGUGCCUUCUCCGUUUGGGAUCUUUCCUCCUACCCAAGAAAACCGAGCCAGCUCCAUCCGGUUUUCUGGUCACAACUGUCAGUGGCUUGGGAAUUUGCCAACUGUGGGUAAUCAGAACCCUUCUCCAUCCUCAUUUCGGGUAUUACGUGCUUGUGAUACUUGCCAGAGUGUUCCUAAUCAAUACAGAGAAGCUUCUCAUCCAAUUUGGCCAUCUUCCAUGAUACCACCACAGAGUCAAUACAAGCCAGUUUCUUUAAAUAUUAAUCAGUCAACAAAUCCGGGUACGCUUUCACAGGCAUCUAACAAUGAAAAUACAUGGAACCUCAACUUUGUUGCUGCCAACGGGAAGCAAAAAUGUGGGCCUAAUCCAGAAUUUUCAUUUGGCUGCAAACAUGCUGCUGGGGUUAGUAGUAGUAGUAGUAGGCCAAUAGAUAACUUUUCUAGUGAGAGCUCUAUACCGGCAUUGCAUCUACUCAGCCUUCUGGAUCCUCGCCUGAGGUCAACGACUCCCGCUGACCAACACGGAAACACUAAAUUUACUAAAAGACAUUUUCCGCCAGCCAACCAGUCCAAAGAGUUUAUAGAGCUUCAAACAGGGGACUCUAGUAAGUCAGCCUACUCAACUAAGCAGAUACCUUUUGAUCUAUACAGCAAGAGAUUCACACAAGAGCCUUCCCGGAAGAGUUUCCCCAUCACUCCACCUAUUGGGACGUCUUCACUUUCAUUUCAAAAUGCUUCAUGGAGUCCUCAUCAUCAAGAGAAGAAAACCAAGAGAAAAGACACCUUUGCUCCUGUUUACAAUACUCAUGAAAAGCCGGUGUUUGCAAGCAGCAACGACCAAGCGAAGUUCCAGCUGCUGGGAGCAUCGAAUUCCAUGAUGCUUCCUUUGAAAUUUCACAUGACGGAUAAAGAAAAGAAACAAAAGAGAAAAGCAGAGAGCUGCAAUAACAAUGCCUCUGCGGGACCUGUGAAGAACAGUUCUGGACCCAUUGUGUGCAGCGUCAAUAGAAACCCUGCUGAUUUCACCAUUCCUGAACCUGGGAAUGUUUACAUGUUAACGGGUGAACAUCUGAAAGUCCGUAAACGCACAACCUUCAAGAAAAAGCCAGCCGUGUGUAAGCAGGACGCAAUGAAGCAGACCAAGAAGCCGGUUUGUCCACCUACACAAAAUGCCUAAAGAUAUACAAUGUGUGUGGGAGGGAUUUGUGCAGUUCAUUGUGAAACAGAUACUGAGGCAGAGGGAUUAACAGAUGGAGAGGGAUACAAAGAGAGGGAGAGAGACAGAGACAGAGAAAGAGAAAGAGAGAUCAUUCCUAUUGAAAACAAGAAUAAGUCAGACAGGAAACAUUAAAAUGCAAAUCUUCCUCAUGUUCUUGGUCUCUGGUCUUAAAAACAUAUCUUUGCUUAUGGUUUGUUCAAGCAUACUUGGGAACCAUUCAGCUUGUGUAUAUAUUUAAAUGACUGUAGUACCCCUGAUAGGCCUUGUUGUUUUUUGUUUGUUUUUUUGGGAAAUACUAGAUACCUUUCAGCUGGCGUUAUAUAUAUAUUUAGUCUUUAUUUA